AUGGGGGGGUCUCCCUGCGCAAGAGGAGUCAGCUCUGUCUCCAGGACCAGCCAGAGCAUGGCAGAGGACCUGGGGCUGGGCUUUGGGGAGACAGCCAGCGUGGAAAUGCUGCCCGAGGAUGACAGCUGCAGGCCCAAGGCCAGAGCUAGGCUGGCAGCCAGGGCCAGCAGCUCCGGCUGGGCUCUCACCUGUUGCCUGGUGUCACUCCCCAUCCUGGCAGGACUCACCGCCUACCUGCUUGUUGGCCAGCUCAGAACCCAAGGAGAAGCCUGUGUGUUCCAGACUCCAAAAGCACAGGAAUUUGGACCUUCACAUCAGCGAGCUUACGCACCUCCCAGAGCUAGUGGAGAUAAGCCAAGGGCACACCUGACAGUUGUGAGACAAACGUCCACACAGCCCUUGAAUAAUCAGUUCCCAGUUCUGGAUUGGGAACAUGAACUUGGCUUGGCCUUCACCAAGAACCGGAUGAACUACACCAAUAAAUUCCUGGUGAUCCCAGAGUCGGGAGACUACUUUGUUUACUCCCAGAUCACAUUCCGAGGUAUCACAUCCAAAUGUGGUGAAAUCAGCAAAGGGAGCCGAGCAAACAAGCCAGACAUCAUCAUUGUGGUCAUCACCAAGGUAACGGAGAACUACCCCGAACCCACUCAGCUCCUAAUGGGGACCAAGACAGUGUGUGAAAUAGGUAGCAACUGGUUCCAACCCAUUUAUCUAGGAGCCAUGUUCUCCUUGCAAGAAGGGGACAAGCUGAUGGUGAACGUCAGUGACAUCUCUUUAGUGGACUACACUAAAGAAGAUAAAACCUUCUUUGGAGCCUUCUUGCUAUAGGGGCAAGGCAGAUGUCACUGUGUAAAGGUCCUCUCCUCCUAGUUCCUAAUUUUCUUCAUUCAUAUGUAAUUAUAAUCAGGGGCUUUCUUGAAGCAUUCCACAGAGACAAUGGUUUAGCUAUGAAAUGUAGGGCUCAAAAGGGAGAAAAAAGCAGACAUAUUACCAUGGUUGCCUAGAAGAUUGGUGAAUUUCUGAACAUUAGUACACUCAUUACCAAAUGAAUGGAUGAUUUACUCAGAACAUUUCUACAGCUUCCUACUACACAGUUGUCACCGGUGGGCUCAGUUGCUGUUCAGUUUGAUUAUGAAGCAUUCACUUCAGUUCGGGAGCCUUCAAUAAAAUCCAAAGACCUAGAAAACAGUGUAAACCUUUCAGAGGAGAAAUCCUUAAUCAGU